UUAUCUCUCUGGUUUACCUUCUGCAUUACUAUUGUUUGUGUCGUCUUUGCACUUACAGUCGUGAGACAAAUCCUGGGAUCAAACUGGUCUGAUAUCUAUUACAAGAACAAUGAUCUCUCGGGUUAUAAACUUGUCUCCCCGGUUCUAGGGCUCUUAGCUUAUAAUGCCUUAAACGAUGUUGUUUUGGGUAAUAAUUUGAGCAGCUCUUAUCAGAUAAGUUUUCUCCUAGACGAUGCUACAGAUCCAUCCACCGUUGAUUUCGGAAACAUUUCUGGACCAUCGUUGGUAGAGAGAACGAUCUUGAAUAAGCCAAUGUGUGCGACCUUUGGCCUAGACGGUAAAGUAACGUUAGCUGGAGAAGUAAAGCCGUAUGUCUGCGCCAUUAAAACUAACGGACAUUUUGGUUUGGUGCUGGCGGAUGAUCAGGAUUCGUCCAAAUCGGACGGUGUAGGAGAAAAUGAAAUGAAAGAGAAGAUCGGACGGUGGAGAUCGGUUGUUGGAGGGCUUGUUGGAUAUGUGACGCUGGGGGUGGUGCUUUUAGGGUUUGUGGUGGCGGCGGCAGUUGUGACGGCGAAGAAACGGAGAAGAAGGGCAAAAAGGAAAGGAAUGGAGAGAAAAGCUUAUGAAGAAGAAGUACUGAGAGUAGUGACAAUGGUGGGACAUUCUAGGGUUUUUGUUGCUUCUGCUACAAGGACUUUGCCUGGUUCAAUGGAACAUGAGUGUGUUCCUAAUUAAUUUGUUUUAUUUACUUACGUUUAGUUUCCCUUUUUUUCUUUUUUCUUUCUUGUAAAAAGGUUUUAUUUAAAUAUAUAUGUUGUUGUGAGUUAUGGGACAUAGUAUUUAGUUACUGUUGUAAAA